UAAAAAAGAAUUAAUGUAGAACAACUAUGUGUCCUUGAAUUAAAGGAUGUAUACUGACCGAUAAUGGAAGAUGCAAAUAACAUUUUCUAACUACCUCUUGGUCUUUUUUCAGAAUCCAUUACUUGACAGCUGCUAUUUUCCUCUUGGAGCAUCAUAAAAGUGAAGUGCCAUCAUGGGAGAUGGGGAGAUGGAGUGUUUCGGCCCGGCGGCCGUUUACCUCCGGAAGCCAGAAAGAGAGAGAAUUGAGGCUCAGAACACCCCCUUUGAUGCCAAAACGGCGUUCUUUGUGGUAGAUGCAGAUGAGAUGUACCUGAAGGGUACUCUUGUUAGUAAAGAGGGUGGCAAAGCUACCGUCAAAACUCACAGUGGGAAAACUGUCACAGUAAAAGAAGAUGAAAUCUUCCCCAUGAAUCCUCCCAAGUUUGACAAAAUUGAGGACAUGGCCAUGAUGACCCACCUCAAUGAGCCUGCUGUGCUUUUUAACCUCAAAGAGCGUUACGCAGCAUGGAUGAUCUAUACCUACUCUGGCUUGUUCUGCGUCACUGUCAAUCCCUACAAGUGGCUCCCAGUGUACGACGCAGUUGUUGUGGGUGGAUACAGAGGCAAAAAGAGGAUUGAAGCCCCACCUCACAUCUUCUCCAUCUCCGACAACGCCUACCAGUUCAUGCUCACUGAUCGUGAGAACCAGUCUGUCCUGAUUACUGGAGAAUCUGGUGCAGGAAAGACUGUGAACACAAAACGUGUCAUUCAGUACUUCGCAACUGUUGGUGCGAUGUCUGGACCAAAGAAGCCGGAGCCAGUCCCUGGAAAAAUGCAGGGAUCACUGGAGGAUCAGAUCGUGGCAGCAAACCCUCUGCUGGAGGCUUACGGUAAUGCCAAGACUGUGAGGAACGACAACUCCUCUCGUUUUGGUAAAUUCAUCAGGAUUCACUUUGGCACCACUGGAAAACUGGCCUCAGCUGAUAUUGAAACUUAUCUGCUAGAAAAGUCAAGAGUGACAUUCCAGCUGUCGGCUGAGAGGAGUUACCACAUCUUCUACCAGCUCAUGACUGGACACAAGCCAGAGCUGCUCGAGGCCUUGCUCAUCACCACCAACCCUUAUGACUAUCCAAUGGUCAGCCAGGGUGAAAUCACUGUCAAGAGCAUCAAUGAUGUCGAGGAGUUCAUUGCCACAGAUACUGCCAUUGACAUUCUGGGCUUCACUGCUGAUGAGAAAAUCAGCAUCUACAAGCUAACAGGUGCUGUGAUGCAUCAUGGGAACAUGAAGUUCAAACAGAAGCAGAGAGAGGAGCAGGCUGAACCUGAUGGCACUGAGGUGGCCGAUAAAAUCGCUUACCUCAUGGGCCUCAACUCCGCUGACAUGCUGAAAGCUCUGUGCUUCCCCAGAGUGAAGGUUGGGAAUGAGAUGGUGACCAAAGGCCAGACAGUCCCACAGGUGAACAACGCAGUCUCUGCACUCUCCAAGUCUGUCUAUGAGAAAAUGUUCUUGUGGAUGGUCAUACGAAUCAAUGAGAUGCUGGACACGAAGCAGCCUAGACAGUUCUUCAUUGGUGUGCUGGACAUCGCUGGAUUUGAAAUCUUCGAUUUCAACAGCUUGGAGCAGCUAUGCAUCAACUUCACAAAUGAGAAACUGCAACAGUUCUUCAACCACCAUAUGUUCGUUCUGGAGCAAGAGGAAUACAAGAAAGAAGGCAUUGAAUGGGAGUUCAUUGACUUUGGUAUGGACUUGGCUGCCUGCAUUGAGCUCAUUGAGAAGCCAAUGGGCAUCUUCUCCAUCCUUGAAGAGGAGUGCAUGUUCCCCAAGGCAACAGACACAAGCUUCAAAAACAAGCUGCAUGAUCAGCAUCUGGGUAAAACUCCUGCCUUCCAGAAGCCCAAGCCUGCCAAAGGUAAGGCCGAGGCCCACUUCUCUCUGGUGCACUACGCCGGCACUGUGGACUACAACAUUGUCGGCUGGCUGGACAAGAACAAGGAUCCACUGAACGACUCUGUGGUGCAACUUUACCAAAAGUCAUCUCUCAAAGUACUGGCCUUCCUGUAUGCCGCUCAUGGAGCUGCUGAAGCUGAGGGUGGCGGUGGAAAGAAAGGCAAGAAGAAGGGUGGUUCCUUCCAGACGGUGUCUGCACUUUUUAGGGAGAACCUGGGUAAGCUGAUGACUAACCUGAGGAGCACUCACCCUCACUUUGUGCGCUGCUUGAUUCCUAAUGAGUCCAAGACUCCAGGUCUGAUGGAGAACUUCCUGGUUAUCCACCAGCUCAGGUGUAAUGGUGUGCUGGAGGGUAUCAGAAUCUGCAGGAAGGGUUUCCCCAGCAGAAUCCUCUACGGUGACUUCAAGCAGAGAUACAAAGUAUUAAAUGCUAGUGUGAUCCCUGAGGGACAGUUUAUUGACAACAAAAAGGCUUCAGAGAAACUCUUGGGCUCUAUUGAUGUGGACCACACCCAAUACAAGUUUGGACACACCAAGGUGUUCUUUAAAGCUGGUCUGUUGGGUGCUCUUGAGGAGAUGAGAGAUGAGAAACUAGCACUGCUGGUUACCAUGACUCAGGCUUUGUGCCGUGGAUACGUCAUGAGGAAAGAGUUUGUCAAAAUGAUGGAAAGGAGAGAAUCAAUUUAUUCCAUCCAAUACAACAUCCGCUCAUUCAUGAAUGUCAAACAUUGGCCAUGGAUGAAGCUCUACUUCAAGAUCAAGCCUCUUCUGAAGAGUGCAGAGACUGAGAAAGAGAUGGUAGCAAUGAAGGAGAAUUACGAAAAAAUGAAGGAGGAUCUGGCAAAGGCAUUAGCUAAAAAGAAGGAGCUUGAGGAGAAAAUGGUGUCACUUCUUCAGGAAAAAAAUGACCUUCAGCUGCAAGUAACAGCUGAAUCUGAAAACCUCUCUGAUGCUGAGGAGAGAUGUGAAGGGCUCAUCAAAAGCAAGAUCCAGCUCGAGGCCAAACUCAAAGAUACAAACGAGAGACUGGAGGAUGAGGAGGAAAUCAAUGCUGAACUGACUGCCAAGAAGAGGAAACUGGAGGAUGAAUGCUCCGAGCUGAAGAAAGACAUCGAUGACCUGGAGCUCACCUUGGCAAAAGUGGAGAAGGAGAAACAUGCUACAGAAAAUAAAGUGAAAAACCUGACAGAGGAGAUGGCCUCUCAGGAUGAGAGCAUUGCCAAGCUGACCAAAGAGAAGAAAGCCCUCCAAGAGGCACACCAGCAGACUCUUGAUGACCUUCAGGCAGAGGAAGACAAAGUCAACACUCUGACUAAAGCUAAGACAAAGCUUGAGCAGCAAGUGGACGAUCUUGAGGGCUCACUGGAGCAAGAGAAGAAGCUCCGUAUGGACCUUGAGAGAGCCAAGAGAAAGCUUGAGGGUGAUCUGAAACUGGCCCAGGAGUCCAUAAUGGACCUGGAGAAUGAAAAACAGCAAUCAGAUGAGAAGAUCAAAAAGAAGGACUUUGAGAUAAGUCAGCUUCUCAGCAAGAUUGAGGAUGAACAGUCUUUAGGAGCACAGCUUCAGAAGAAGAUCAAAGAACUUCAGGCCCGUAUCGAGGAGCUGGAAGAGGAAAUAGAGGCAGAGCGAGCUGCUCGUGCCAAAGUAGAGAAGCAGAGAGCUGAUCUCUCCAGGGAACUUGAAGAGAUCAGCGAGAGGCUUGAGGAAGCUGGUGGUGCUACUGCUGCUCAGAUUGAGAUGAACAAGAAGCGUGAAGCUGAAUUCCAGAAGUUGCGUCGUGAUCUGGAGGAGUCCACCUUGCAGCAUGAAGCUACAGCUGCAGCUCUCCGAAAGAAGCAGGCAGACAGUGUGGCUGAACUCGGAGAACAGAUCGACAACCUCCAGCGGGUCAAGCAGAAGCUGGAGAAGGAGAAGAGUGAAUACAAGAUGGAGAUUGAUGACCUGACAAGCAACAUGGAGGCUGUGGCUAAAGCAAAGGCUAAUUUAGAGAAGAUGUGCCGAACCCUGGAAGACCAGCUGAGUGAAAUCAAGACCAAGAGUGAUGAAAAUGUUCGUCAGCUGAAUGACAUGAAUGCACAACGUGCAAGACUUCAGACUGAAAAUGGUGAAUUUAGCCGUCAACUGGAAGAGAAAGAAGCACUUGUUUCACAGCUAACUAGAGGAAAACAGGCUUAUACACAGCAAAUUGAGGAACUCAAAAGGCAUAUUGAGGAAGAAGUCAAGGCCAAGAAUGCUCUGGCCCAUGCGGUCCAGUCUGCCCGUCAUGACUGUGACUUGCUCAGAGAGCAGUAUGAGGAGGAGCAAGAGGCCAAAGCUGAACUCCAGCGGGGAAUGUCUAAGGCCAACAGUGAGGUGGCCCAAUGGAGAACCAAAUAUGAGACUGAUGCAAUCCAGCGAACUGAGGAGCUUGAGGAAUCCAAGAAAAAGCUUGCCCAGCGUCUGCAGGAUGCUGAAGAAUCCAUUGAAGCGGUGAACUCCAAGUGUGCCUCACUGGAAAAGACCAAACAGAGACUGCAGGGUGAAGUAGAGGACCUCAUGAUUGAUGUGGAGAGGGCAAAUUCAUUGGCUGCCAACCUUGACAAGAAGCAGAGAAACUUUGACAAGGUCCUAGCAGAGUGGAAACAGAAGUAUGAGGAAAGCCAGGCUGAACUAGAAGGUGCUCAGAAAGAAGCUCGUUCUCUCAGCACUGAGCUGUUCAAAAUGAAGAACUCCUACGAAGAAGCUCUUGAUCACCUUGAGACACUGAAGAGGGAGAACAAGAAUCUGCAACAGGAGAUUUCUGACCUCACUGAGCAGCUUGGAGAGACUGGAAAGAGCAUUCAUGAACUGGAAAAGGCAAAGAAGACUGUGGAGUCUGAGAAAGUAGAGAUCCAGACUGCACUAGAAGAAGCUGAGGGCACCCUGGAGCAUGAAGAGUCCAAGAUUCUCCGUGUGCAGCUGGAGCUGAACCAGGUGAAGAGUGAGAUUGACAGGAAGCUGGCUGAGAAGGAUGAGGAGAUGGAACAGAUCAAGAGGAACAGCCAAAGAGUGAUCGACUCCAUGCAGAGCACUCUGGACUCUGAGGUCCGGAGCAGGAAUGAUGCCCUGAGAGUCAAAAAGAAGAUGGAGGGAGAUCUGAAUGAGAUGGAGAUCCAGCUGAGUCAUGCAAACCGCCAGGCUGCUGAGGCCCAGAAACAGCUCAGGAACGUCCAAGGACAACUCAAGGAUGCCCAACUGCACCUUGAUGAAGCUGUCAGAGGACAGGAGGACAUGAAGGAGCAGGUGGCCAUGGUGGAGCGCAGGAAUAACCUGAUGCAAGCAGAGAUUGAGGAGCUGAGAGCUGCACUGGAGCAAACAGAGAGAGGCCGCAAAGUGGCUGAGCAGGAGCUGGUGGAUGCCAGCGAGCGUGUGGGACUGCUGCACUCACAAAAUACAAGUCUUAUUAACACCAAGAAGAAGCUUGAGGCUGAUCUGGUCCAGGUUCAAGGAGAGGUGGAUGAUGCAGUCCAGGAGGCCAGAAAUGCAGAGGAAAAGGCCAAGAAGGCCAUCACUGAUGCUGCCAUGAUGGCUGAGGAGCUGAAGAAGGAGCAGGACACCAGUGCUCACCUGGAGAGGAUGAAGAAGAACCUGGAGGUGACUGUCAAAGACCUGCAGCACCGUCUGGAUGAAGCUGAGAGUCUUGCCAUGAAGGGUGGAAAGAAACAGCUCCAGAAACUGGAGUCCAGGGUGCGCGAGUUGGAGGCUGAAGUUGAAGCGGAACAGAGACGUGGUGCAGAUGCUGUGAAAGGAGUUCGCAAAUAUGAAAGGAGAGUUAAGGAGCUCACCUACCAGACUGAGGAAGACAAGAAGAACGUGAUCCGACUGCAGGAUCUGGUAGACAAGCUGCAGCUGAAAGUGAAGGCCUACAAGCGCCAGGCUGAAGAAGCUGAGGAGCAGGCCAACACUCACCUGUCCAGGUACAGGAAGGUGCAGCAUGAGCUGGAGGAGGCUCAGGAGCGCGCUGAUAUCUCUGAGUCCCAGGUCAACAAGCUGAGAGCCAAGAGCCGUGAUGCUGGGAAGAGCAAGGAUGAAGAAUGAAGAUGAGCCAUCACACCACAUCUACAAGGAAGCAUAUAAUUUGACUUACUUGUGCUGUGUCUUACAUAUGCAUUAAAUGCAGUUUCUCAAGGCACUCUUGGUUUUUGUCAUUUUAGCGAAACUGGUAGAUCUUGGAAGUAGGCAUGCAAUGAUUAUAGAUUUUGUUGGUACAAUUAUAGUCUGAGGAAAAAUCAUGGUUUCACGGUCAUCAUGAAUAUUAUGCAUCAUUAAUUUCACAACACUACUAAUGUAUAAAAUCACAUAAAUACUCUUUAGAUUUUAAAGUGUCAUUUAUUGCUACCUUUUGAAACAGAAAUAACACAGUAACCAAAUAAUACAUCACAAAAAUCCAUCUCUUUCUUUGAAAUAAAAAGGUGACCUCUGCUCUGUAAA